CAUACUUCGCAGUUGUGUAGUCAUCGGAAGCGGAACGAUACUGCCAUAGUAUCCAGUAACUGCAAAAAUGCAUAAUUCGAGAUCUGCUGCGUUCUUCUUAACCAUCGUGCUGCUACAGUGGAACAUCUUCGCCGAUGAUAAGAUACCGUCAUUAUCUGGUUGCAUCCACCGGAACGGAUAUAACUUGGAUCAGCUGUUGUUUACUGAUACCGAUAAUUCCACCAUAGAUUGGCUGACGGUAUCAGGAACGUCACAAACAACCUUGGAAGCUGGGAUGUUGGAAUGCUUUCCCGAUUUGAAAGAAUUGAUCAUUACUGACAGUGGUUUAUCUGUAAUUGAUGGUGAUGCAUUCGAAGGAGUGCCGUUGCUGUGGGCGUUAAAUUUAACCAGGAAUGAGUUAGGAUCACUACUUGACCGUGGAAAACCAGUACUUGGAAAGCUAUCCUGUCUGCAUAGUCUUGAUUUAAGCUACAAUAAGUUCCGAGUAUUAUAUCCCGGCUCGUUUGAGGGACUGAGUAAUCUGACGGAGCUGAUCGUAUCGAAUAACCGACUGGAAUGGAUUUAUGGCAGAACUUUUGAAGAGCUGAUGAAUCUUCAAUGGCUGGAUUUAUCGCAGAAUAGAAUGGACAAUCUACCGGGUGCAAUAUUUUCAUUCAACAAGAAGUUAAAAUUUCUCUCGUUGAGGAAUAAUCGUAUCAAAUAUUACAGCACAAGAUCAUUCCAUGGACUUCAUGACUUAGAAGAGCUUGAUUUAAGUGAGAACGGGUUUGAAAUAUUGCCACCACUGAUCUUCAAGCCAUUGACCAAGCUUAAGGUGCUGCUUCUGAAUGGUAAUGUUUUGGACUACUUCCAGGACUCAGUUUUCAGCACAUUGGAGAAUUUGGAAUAUUUGGGCAUUGCUGAUAAUAAGCUACUGGAACUGCAUCAAUCGACGCUCAGACCUCUAAGAAAUCUAAAAUUGCUCAAUGCUCAUGGAAAUCAGCUUUCAUCAAUUCCGGUUGAUUUGUUCGAGUUCAAUACAUUACUGCAGGAUGCUAGCUUCAGUGAUAAUUCUUUUAGUAUCUUCCCGGAACAGGCAAUGGUGUCUUUGAAGCAUUUGAAGAGUUUGGAUCUAUCAAACAAUUUGCUAAAUUCUGCAGUUAAAUUUGAAUUUUCUGAUUCAACAAGCGUCAAUAUCUACCUAAGUGGAAAUAAUUUGAGCGACGUGGAUCUACGCGGAAAUGUUGCAUACCUUUCGAUGUCUCGUAACAACUUGAAAGAAGUAACAAAUGAAAUCUUCAGAUCGAACGUAAAUCUUCACAGUAUCUUUCUGGAUUAUAAUGCUAUCGUAAAAAUUUCACAGCAAGCGUUCCACGAGCUGUCGCAGUUAGAAGAACUGAGUUUGAGCUUCAAUACAAUCGGAGAAAUACAUGCAUUACAGUUUGAAACCCUGUCGUUUCUCAAGUUGCUCGACCUGACCAACAUUAAUUUGAGAAACCUGCCGGAAAAUAUAUUCGCCUCUCAACGCAAUCUUCAGACCUUAAGGCUUGGAGACAAUCUUCUAGAGGAGAUUCCAGUCCGCAGUUUUUCUACAUUGACCAACCUUGAGUAUCUCAGUUUGGAAAAUAACAGGAUCGGAAAUUUGACACACGGCAUAUUCCAAGCAAUGACAAGGUUGAAGAACUUAUACCUUCAUGGUAACGAGCUUGAUCGCAUUGAAGAAGGUUCGUUUGACGACCUUACCAGUUUGGAGUUGCUGGCAUUGCACAACAAUCGAAUUUGGAAGAUCGACGACCGGAUGCUCAGUGGUAUGCACAGCUUGGGAAAAAUUGGACUACAUAACAACAACAUAUAUACGUUACAUCCAGCUGCAUUCAGAGGACUACUGCUGCUAAAAGUAGUUCAUUUGUACGAUAAUCGCAUCACGGAACUAUCAGCUGACUUAUUUGAAGACAACAUACUGUUAGAAGAGGUAGUCUUGAGGAAUAAUCUAUUGUCAUCAAUUCCACAGCGAACAUUCCGCUACUUGACGAAGCUGCAGAUUUUGGAUCUUUUAGGGAAUAAGAUAACGGAAAUUGAUGCUCAAACAUUCCAACAGUGUGAAGAACUGCGAGAGCUUUGGCUUGGUGGAAACCAGAUUAGUACUAUCAACGAAGCAUCUCUACGAGGAUUACGAAAGCUGGAAAUGUUGGACUUAAGCAAAAACAAUCUGUCGGUUAUCAAAAAUGGAACGUUUCAACAUUUGGUCGCACUCAAGCGAUUGUAUCUGGGAAGUAACCGAAUAAGAGAGAUGUCUGGUGAUCAUUUCAAUCGGUUAGUCAACUUGCAAGUGCUUUCCAUUUUUAACAACAACUUGAAGUCACUUUGUAAUGAUUUGUUCGUGAACAAUCAGCUGCUUGAGGAGCUAUUUCUUGAUGGAAAUGAGAUAUCUGCUAUUUCUGAGAAGGCCUUCAAUGGCCUUGAGAACCUACGGAUUCUGUACCUAUCCAAGAACAAACUCAUUGAGCUACGCAGUGGAGUGUUUAAUCCAAUGACUGCUCUUACAGAACUUAAACUUGACAAAAACGCAAUCACACAGCUUCCACGAUUUUUACUUGUACAACAAACAGAUCUAGAAUUCUUGUGCCUUUCGGAAAACAAGCUCACCUCCCUUCCAGAGGAUUUUCUCGACACCAACACAAAACUCAAGAUUCUUGAGCUCAAUGAUAAUCACCUCACCGAUAUUUCGGAGCAGCUGUUCUGCCAUCUUCCGGAGAUGACAGAGCUUUACUUGGAAAACAACAAUUUAGAUGAAUUGCAGGAGCAUAUCUUCGUUCAAAACCAUCACUUGAAGAUCUUAAACGUAGCAGGGAAUGCCCUAACUUCUUUCGACGUCUUCAAAACAGCAUUUGUAGAAAGUCUCCAAAUUCUCGACAUCCAAGGAAAUCGCCUUCAACUGAUUCACAUUCCACGUAGCCUUAUCAAGCUGUACGCUCAAAACAACCAAAUUGAUACGAUUUUCGUGGAACAGUCCUCCUUUCACAAAUUAGAAAACCUCAUCCUAUCCGGGAACAAUCUCACACGAGUGGACAAAGUAUUCAAGCUCAUUCGGCUGAAAAGUUUAGAUCUCUCCAACAACCAUCUGAACGAGCUGGACAUGAGCCGAUUGUACAAACUGCCAUACCUGGAGAACUUGAACGUUUCGAGAUCUGAAAUCAAACGCCUCGCGGGAGUGCUGUUCAAACAACAUCAUUCCCUAGUGACGCUCGAUCUGACGGAGAACGAGGUGGUACAUUUUGACAACUUCAUUGCAAUCUUUUUCUCAUCGUUGCUUCGGUUGGGAGUGACUGGAAAUCCGUUCGUGGAUCAGGAAUUUCACGAUAAUAUGGAACUGCUGAGAAGUAUCGAUGCACUGCAGGAAAAUUUUGAGCUGUUUUAGGGUUAGUUUAAUUUAGUUAACACACUAGAGAUAAGGUUCAUUCAGGGGCAUUCAAAUGCGUGAAAAUGUAGUU